UCCUCGUCUGCCGUGUUGGUAGUAUUCCAAAACGAUAAACAUGAUCAUACCGAAGUUUUGCGUCAGAGAUUUCUUUCUUCUCCGCUUUGAGAUCAUUUGAGAUUUCUCAACAAGUGUAUCAAAAUAAAUAAAUGUACUGAGUCAGAAUGGCAUCAAAAAAUUCAUCAGCAACUAAUAGUGGUCAAAAAGUUUCAAGUGAACAUAAAGAACCUGAAAAGCCUUUAAUAUAUGAACCACCUGAUCUAAGAGGAAGGAAACAUGUGGAAAAAGUUGCUGGUGAGUAUCGUGUAAGAGAGGAUGAGGUUCUUGCAGAUAAACUCCAACAUGAAGAAUUUGAGUUCCAUUAUGGAAAAAAUAAAGAUGAAAGACACAGAGGACAAAUUGAUAUCAAAACAGCAAAAUCAAUUUAUUUGCGUGAAGUUGAAGAUUCUGGUCUUCUCUCGAAGUCAGAACUAAAAAGACUUUGUGUAGAUGAUGGCUUCAUUGCUCAAGAAGUUAAUCGAAGAUUAAAAGAAGAAUUGGAAUUUGAAGCUCAAAGAAAAACUGCAACUGAAAUGCAAGACGAGGAGUUUGCACGCUAUCUGGAAGCAAAAGAAAAAGAGAAACUGGAACUAGAAAGAAAGCGCAGAUUAGAACGAAGAAUUGCACAAGACAGAGCAGCUGCUGCCAAACUACAGAGAGACUUGGACGCUAAAGCUGCCGAAGUCGACGUCGAUGUUGGAGUCGAAACAUCGCAAAAACCAGGAUGGGAAAUUGAUUUUGAGGUUGGAGCGUCAACGGGCGAGAAAACAAGACAGGAUUUGCACGAAUUACAAGAUGCGGAGGUAGCUCGACAACUACAACUCAAAGAAGCUGAGCUGGAACAAAAGAGGUUAGAGGAAGAACGAGAUCGGAGAAUAGCUGCGAAGUUACAAAAGCAAGAAGCAGAAGAAUAUCGAAGAGAGAAAGCUGAGAGAAAAUUACGCCGUGAGCGUGAGCAGAGUGAACAAAACCGUACGUCAACCUCCACCGAAGGGAAAGAGGAACAACCUGCUGCUGCACAACCUCGUACUAAACAUCUGCGUUCAGUCGAUGCAACUGGCGAACCGAUCCGUACAAAAUCUGUGUCAGCAGCCCCUCGUUACAACGCGUCGGAACAAGGAACACCUCAAAGAGCAGGAUCAGAAAGCCGACCAAAACAACGUCAAAACUCCGACAAGAGUCCGUAUGUGGUGGAACAAGGAACACCACAAAGAGCAGUUUCAGAAAACCGACCAAAACAACGUCAAAACUCCGACAAGAGUCAAUAUGUGGUGGAGCAAGGAACACCACAAAGAGCAGUGUCAGAAAACCGAUCUAAACAACGCCAAAACUCCGACAAAAGUCAGUAUGUGGUGGAACAAGGAACACCACAAAGAGCAGGAUCAGAAAGCCGAUCAAAACAACGACAACCUUCCGACAAGCGUCAUCAUGCAUCUGCACAGAAAAGCGGUGAACCUAUUUACUUGCAAGCUGUUGAUGCGACAGGAAGACGUGUGGAAUCGCAAAAUGGCGGUGUUAAAAAUGAGCCACGUCUUGUUGACGACCAACGAGCUUUACAACAACAAAUGCGCCAUGUUGAUCAGCUACAGCAAAAUGGCGUCGAUAGACAAAGAGGAGAUAGCAAGAAACAAAAAAAUAAGCAACCUGAUAAUACGUGGGGACUCGAAUAUCAGUCCUCGAAUAAGCAAAGAGUGGAACCGAGAUACGAUACGAAGGAAAAACAACAUUAUAAUAACGUCGCCGUAAGUAUCGACCCGACAUAUUCUAGUAUAGACUCGCUUAAGAGAGGAACCCCUCCUCCGUCGUCACUAGAUGAGCACGGUGAUGUUCGUGCUGCACCGGUAAUACAAAAUGUUAAACGUCCGUCGCAUUCGGACGAGAAGAAGAAAAAGAAGUGGUUUUCAAAGAAAGAAAAGUCGUCGAGUUGAGUGUGUAACAAAGUUAUGUAAAUAUAUAAAUUUUAUCUCCCUUAUAUUUAUUCGACCUAGUAAGGUGUGUGUUGAUAGUAUCGAAUUGUACAUGAGCUGACGCCGACUUUUUGACGUCGACACGGAUUGAUGUUGUUUUUUAAUUUUUUUACGGGCAAUGAGCUUUUUUUUCGUCAGGCUUUCCAAAUAUUACGUCCUUUUGAAACACCGGUUAUAGUGGAUUAUGUGGUUUGAAAGGAUUUAAGAAUUUGUAAUCUUUUAAAAAUUGUAGUUAUGCUUUUGAUGUAGCUAUUUUUUUUGGUAUUUAUUGUAUUUUGCGUAGAUAGAUUUAUUUUUAUUGUUACUGUUUUUUUUCUUGCUACAGUUCUUGUGUCGUUAAUAAUGAAGUGUUUGCAUCGAUGCAAUCUUGAGUUGAGUGUUCGUAUCGAUAAAGUCUCGAGUUGAGUGUUCGUAUCGAUACAGUCUCGAGUUGAGUGUUUAUAUCCAUACAGUCUCGAGUUAAGUGUUUGUAUCGAUAGUUGAGUGUUCGUAUCGAUAAAGUCUCAAUAUGAGUGUUCGUAUUGAUAAAGUCUCGAGUUGAGUGUUUGCAUCGAUACAGUCUCGAAUUGAGUGUUCGUAUCGAUACAGUUUCGAAUUGAGUGUUCGUAUCCAUGCAGUCUCGAAUUAAGUGUUCGUACCCAUAGUAUAGUCGAGUUUAUUUUUUAAAAGUUGGAUUCUUAGUUGGAUUCUCAAUAUUUUGAUUCAAUUUUUCUUUUUUCUUUUUACUUUCAUAAAUAUAAUUUAAUUUAUAUAUAUUCAUACAUAAAUUCGCCACGCUUUUUUUAACAAUUUAAAACCCAGUAAUUUAUACUAUGGCAAUACAGUUGAUGCAAUCUGAAAUUUUAUUAACUUCUUGAUUCUGUACGAUUUCGUAUGAAUCCAGCAGUAAACAUUCGGAGACAAUUAUUUAAACAUUUUAUAAGAGAUGAAUUAUAACUCCUUCAGUUAUGGGAGGUUAUUUUGAAUAGUGGUCACAACGUUUACCCGGUAUCAGGUGACUCAAGAUGCGUUGCUGUAUACAGCUAAACUGAAUUUUAGUGUAAGUUUUACACAACCUGGGUUUUAAGUUGUUUUUGUAAUCAGUCACGGUUUUUUUUAUAUUUUUUAUUAAUUUCAAUGGAUUGGAAAUAUAAAUACAUGCGUUGAUAAAUACCCUA